AGUGAUUUAGUAAAUUGCGAGCACGUCCAUAUUUGGAAGACAGUCAUAUUGUCUAAAAUUAAGCUUUGUCACGUGAUUUUCAGGCGAAGAGAAAAUUAAGAAUAAUGGCAGCGUUGUAGUCCCUUGCGAAUUUAAGGACGAAAGAUCCCUUCACACCAUUGUCAUGGAAUGAGUGAGUCUUACUUGUUCUCACAACGGCAUUGCGACAUCAUAAACACGGCUCCUGGUUCACCACGAAAGACAAAGUUGCUGCGCAAGUUGAGACCGACUUGAGAGCAGACGACAUCAUGGCCGGCUGUGAAGAAAGCUGUGGAUUUUACUUUGUCUUUGCCCUUGUGACAUUUUUCGUGUGGAUGGACCUAAGCUUUUUCGAUGAAUUAGCAGAACAUGGUUCAUUCUACAACGAUUCAAUGGCAGAACACAUGAUGUUCCCAGUGAAAACGGUCAAAAUUCGGAUGCAGGACCAUACGGAUCAUUACGUCAAUGUUCCUUCCAUGCAAUUUUUAAACGAGAAUACGGGCUUACACACUGUUCCCGGAGUUACUCCCAAUCUUAUUAGUGGAAUCCAUCUCUUUUUGGCUGUUAUGGCAGCGAAGUGCUUUAUUUCAGGUUCCCUUGCCAUUCGUAGGCUUGGAGUUCUUUUUUAUCAACUUCGCUGUGCGUUGGAUAUUUUAGACGGUGUUGUCUUUCGUGCGCAACAAAAUAUUAGAGGGAAUUUUAUGUCCGUUUGGGGAUCGAUGGGUUAUUUAAUCGACGCUUUCGCUGAUAUGGUGGGUGGUUUGUUGGUCGGGUUAGCAUGUGCUGUAUUUCUGAACCGUUAUCCACCUUGGAAACGUGUUAGGACAAAGCCCCACGAUGAAUUAGAGUCGGGAAGAAAGACUGUGAGUUUUCAAACCGAAGAAGAGGAGCGUUAUGUUCAUGUUAGUCGGCGUUCUGUAAAUAUCAAAAUGUUCCUCGUUAUUGCUCAAAUUGUUGCUAGGAGUGGAUUCUGGGAUCAUUACUUACAUUCCUAUGUGGAAUUAUUGGAGACACCUAACCCCGAUAUUCCCAGAGUAAGUGGAGUUCAUGAGGAGGUUGUCUGCUUUACACCACAACAUCCCCUAGCUUAUUAUAUUGUCUGUCAAGGGAAGAUCUAUGACAGCAAUGUAUUAAUUAGAAGUUAAUGUUCUUAAAUGCUUUAGGAAAUCUUGUUACAAAAGCAGUAAUUACAGGCAGUGCCGGCAAAGUGUAUGGAAUGAUUUCAGUUGUGACCUGUCAAAUAUUUUGCUCAGGGGAAAUAUGCUUGUGUAUUUGUCCCUCCUCCAAGCUCACAGUUUUCCUUGAGCUUCACUCUGUUGGCAUCUUGGAACAGAUAAUGUUUGCAGACAAAUAUCCGUGCAUAUUUUUGCAUUAAAUAGGGGCUAUUGUUUACAUAUACAAUGCUUAUAUUAUAUAAUAGAGUUCACUAAACUGUUAUUGCAGUUUGACUAUGUAGUGAACAACAUUCAUUGGUUACAACAUACUCAGAGACAAACUAUGAUAAGAUUGUUUUAUGGAGUCUCCUUAGGGUAUUUUUAGCCUGCAAGAUAUGGGUGCCAACAUGGUGCAAAUUUAAAAAAUUGUCAAUAAGGGAAUCAAGCAGCUUCGUAUGAUCACAUCAUUGUUAUAUUUAAAAAAAGGGUAUAGAAUAAUAUAGCUCAAACAUCUUCCUUUUAUUGUAGAUUUUGGUUGUGUUUAGGGUUAUGGUUUAGGUUUAGGAUUGAGGUUAGGAUUUGAAAUCAUUAUUAAUGAUGAUAAUUCCAAUAUUAAGGAAGCAUUCAUCAUUAGGGCUUUGUUUUGGGUUGCUUGAGAUCUGUGAUUAUGGUAACUAUAUCUUUAAACAGCAAAUACAGCAAUGUGACCUUACCAAUUAAAAUUUUUUUCUUUAUAAAGGAGCUACAGGCGGAAGUGCUUAGUUAUCGCAGUACGUGGGUUAUCAUGUGGCUGUGGAAAGUGUCCAGUGCUGAUGCCUUUUUGCAAUUUACAAGCCUGGCAAUCCUGUUUGAUAAGUUAUGGGUGAGUAACUUGGUUGUUGUAAUCACACUUACAAAAUUCACACCCUCAGUAGAUAGACCUUCCUCUGGAGAUCUGGCAUUGACUUGGUUUUUGUUAUUAAUUUCAGGUUUGGGUGCAGAUCCUAAAUUACUUUGGGCCCCUUGAGCUUGCCUUCGUUAUUGUUCUCUCUCAAUUGCAUUUAAUGGAGGUAUGGCAAGUUUAUAUAUAACAACUAGUAGUACCAGUAAUCAUUGAUUAUGAAUUGUCUUUGCAGGGAAGAAAUUUGGGUCCUGGAAUACUUAGAUUGGUGAACAUGCCAGGAAAAUGAUGGAUUUAUGAGAGUAAUGCACUUUGGAAUGAGCCAUAAUAAUUGUCUGGGGAGAAAUGGAAAAUUAUGUGUCUAACAAACAGUUGACUCUAGAGUAUGACAAUUUAAAUUACUUAUAUCAGCAAAAAAAGCAAUAGAUGCAUAUUAAGUUUUUACCCAGAAAUCAAGAUAAAAGAUGAAAAGUACUAAUUUAUUUCCACAUGUGCAAAUGGUUACCAGUCACUUUGCCACCACAGCAAACUUGCCACCACUGAGAGUCAAACUACCAGCUACCAGUGGCAAUUUGAUUGAGUCAUUAUGUGUAGCCAGUCGUUUGAAACUUACAUCAAAUAAAGCCAAGAUGUAGUAAUGUAUUGUGAAAAGGGAAAGGGACUCAGAAGUUAUGUGAAGCAUCUCAGUUAUGGAAUGUUGACCGUUAAAUGUUGAUGUCUUGAAGAUUAUGAUCAGUUUGUGCACAGAGAAAUCAGAGUGAUUUUCAUCAAUUGAUUUUUGCCAAGUGAUAUUCACAGAUGUUUAUGAAAUCAUACAAAACCUACAUCAAAUAAAGUUUUGGUUUUGAUAAUAGGCAAUUAUCUUAUUUAUCCGUGCAUAAGUCGACCUUUUAUGACUGCAAAAUCAGCUCAAAAAAUCACCCUGGACUUCUGCAUGGGUCAUAGACAAAGACCUGACCCAAGCAAUUCAAGAAAUUAGCAUAACAAUUGCCUGAAGUCCGUAAGUAAAACCAAGUUAGCAAAACCAGUUCUGAUUGUGUUCGAGUUUCAUCAGUGUUCAGUGUGUUCUUCAUUGACGAAAAAGUUUGAAAUAAUAAAUUUUAUGUGGCUUAAACAGAAAUCUACUGGAGCUGAUUUCUAUUGUAUCUUCUGAUAUGUAGAGCAGACGUUUUCCCUUACAGUUUCGUUGCUGUUUACAGUUAGUACUGAACUCUCGUUUUCAUCGCAUGUAGAGUUAUUUUAGUUACCAGUGCUCCUCAAAUUUGUAGUUUCCAAGAUGGCGGUGUUUUCAUCAAGUGAUCCUUCGAAGCUCUGCGGUGUUUCUUCAGUCUACUAAAUCUCCUUUCAAAAGGUUAUUUAAAUGCAUGAAGAUUUCAUUUUCAAAGCCGUUAACAAAAUAUGGUAAAUUACUUCUCCAGUAAAUGGAAGUGCUCAUAUAUGCUUAAAUCAUGAAUUGUGGUGAUAUAAACAAGUGUUACUAAACUUCACACUGCAGUUUUUUUUAAUUCACCAUGUUUUCAAUACAUUCUCAGAAAUAAGAGAUCAAACACUUGGAAACUUUCUAUCAGUCUGAAUUUUUCUUUUACUAGAAAUGAUGAAAAAUCCAAUCUUUGACCUUGAAAUGGGGGGUUGACUCAUACUUUGGUUUGACUUAUACAUGGAUAAAUAUGGUAAGGGUGAUUUUGCCAAAAGUGACUCUUAUGAUUUCAACAUGUUUUAUGUAAUUCAAGGGAUAACAUGCUAUAAUUGAGAUGCUACACAUAUAGUUUGAGUUUCUCUUGCUGUAUUUGUUGGCACCUCUAAUUUUGCAAUACGACAACUUUACGUUCAUUUCAUCAUGAUGCAAAUUUAAUGUGAGGCUAAACAUAACUCUUUAGUCAAAUAGUCACUGGUGGUGAUUUGACUCUCAGUGGUGUGGUGCCAUUGACUUGAAAGCUUAUUUUGUUGCUUUUAGACUUAAAUGUCCAUUAUUUUCCAAGAGUAUUCCAUUGUAAUUUUCAAGAUGUCUGAGUGUGGAAUGAAAUGGUAUUUUCCACUCGACAAGCUGAUCUUGUUCCAUACCCUCUUGGGCAAAAACUAAUCAAUUUUUUUACCCAAAUUUUACUAAAUGUUUUAUUGAAUGGAAUGCAUCCCUUGUUUGAAGUGAUUAGAAUACUGAAAUUUGCACCAAUUCUAAAAAUGUUCACUAUUUGACAGGUUGUUUUUAGCAAAAAAAUUGAUUAAAUUUUAGAUUAUUAGUGCCUCUGGUAGUAAUCACUCCAAAAAUUUACUGCCUUCAGGCCCCAUGAAUAUUCUCAAAUAUCAUCUACAUAAGAACUUAGAGCAAUUGUUUGGGAACAUUUUGUGCAGACACCUUCCACUGAAGUGUUCUUUCUCUUUAUCUCUUUAGGUAAGAGCAUACUUGCUUGGAACAUGAAGCUUUUUUGAACCACAUUGCAUAUUGUUCCUUAUUGGAGCUUAAUUAAUUUCAUUUUAUUUUUAGACAUUGUUAAUGUCUAAUAGACCACAUGCUAAAGAGUGGAUCAGUAACAGUUACUGAAAUAGAAGGAUGUUAGCUUUUUCAACACCAGGGUUUAUAUUUCUCAGAAAUGAUGUGAAUUAAAUAGGGAAUAGCUCACUGCUCAGGUUUAAUGUGAUCCCAAAUGUUUAAAUGGUUGCUUACAUCUCAAUCUGAGUUAUAAUCGUGCUUAGGUUCAGAUUAAGUUGUGAAUGUACAUUUUCCUUAGCUAUGUUCAUAGAAUGAAAAUUGCUAUCCUUUGCUAACAGUUACUGGCUAACCUAACAUUAACUUAAAAGAUAAAAAUUUCUGUUAAUUUACACAAAAGGCAAAUGGUUCUCUUUUCCACUUCUCAUCAUAAAGUGGUGCAUGGAUUCUCAACCCUGCACUUCCAAGAUACUUUACCUUCAAAUAUUUUAUAGGAUAUGAUAUGAUGAGGUACAACUGUGUUCAUUUUUCACUAAAGAAAGAUUUGAAUGAAAAUAGGUGUCAAAUCAAGAGCAACAUUUUUGGUCAAAAAUCCAAAGAAACUAAAAGCAGAUUUUCCUUUCAGUUGUGUUCAAAUUAUUUUGGGAUUGUAUUAUUAAAACAAACUACUACAAGUUAAAAUCAGAGUUCCACCAAUCAGCAUUAUUUACAUUUUUGUCUUUAUUAUUUUCAGUACAAUUUUAAUUCAGAUUUAUCUAAUGGAUCACUAGUGACAUGAUUAAUACUAUUGAUGAUAUAUAUUAGCACAUUUUCUUCACUUCUCAGUCCUAACUUGCUGUAUCACAAUAGAGUUGAAAAACAAAGAGAUGUUUAUGGAGAAUUAUUUAAAAUAUUUUCAUACUAUUUUUUAUCUAUUUAUCACCACAAUUGCUGAGGAGAAAUUAUCACUGUUAGAUAACUUACUCCUUUUAAAAGGUUCAAAGGAAGAGAGACCACAUUGUAUAUACAGAAUUUACAUCUAUAUAAUGUACAAUGUUUCUGUUAUAAUGAAGAUCCCUACCUAAUAAAAACAUGUAAUUGGUGAAUUUUUAAAUGUGUAAGAUUAUGGCAAAAUCCUUAGUUUCAUAAGUGUAUGGGUGUACUUAUGAGAGAUGGAAAUUGAUUUUUCAAACUAGUUGCAAGAUUUUGUUCAAGAUUUAAGAAGUGCCAUGGCUACUGAUCUUCCCUUAGUGUUACAACAGUAUGCUUUGUUGUUAAUUUUAUCUCUUUCACAUGGAAACCUUGUUUCCUUUAGAUUUCUUUGCAUAUGAAAGGUGAAGGACUAAGGACCACUUAAGAUGAGUAAAAUGAUUCUUAUUGCCUCUCAAUUAGUAUGUUUAUUAUGAGAGUGAUUAAUUUAAUUGCCAUAAUGAUGCUGACUUCAAAUAAAGACUUUGAAAGAAGUAAUAAAGUG